AUGUCGUUUCCAUCGAAAAACGACAUUCUUAUUGGAUUAGCUUUUGUAUUUUUUGGAAUUCUUUUCGCUUUGUGUGACAGAUGGCAGAUGGCAGUAAAGUUCAAGGGUAAUGGCUCUCCACAUCCAUUUGACCAUCUGACAGUGAUGUGGAUAUUGAAACAGUUGGUCCAGAUGUCACUGUUUUUCAUUUGGAUGGCAAUUGACAAAAACUGGCUUGGGUUUGGCCGUUUUAGACAUGGAGAUAUAGUUCAUAAAGCAAAUCUGCACGGUCGAAUACUUCCCAUCCCAAGACUAAAUGAGGAACCACUCUCUAUCAAUGCUGACGAUGAAGCAGACGGCGGUGGCAAUGGUCACAUUGCUGAUGAUACUGGUGCAGAAAUUCAUGAUCGACGUUACAACCAUGGGGAACAUGAUACAGAUAAUGAAGAGAAUGCAGAAGAAACCGAUGCAGAAGACAAAGAACUUAUCGUGCUGGCUGAAGAAAAGAAGCAUCGUAAAGGUCAGAAGAGCAAAAAACCUUCUGUGCUCAUUUACCUGGCGCCCGCAGUUUUUGCCCUGGCCGAUGUUUUGCUGAUGUAUUUUGGCUUGAGUCUGACCUACGGCUCCAGUUUUAUUAUGCUGAAAGGUACAGUCACCUUCUUCACAGCCCUGUUGUCAAUGUCCUUCCUGGCCCAACAGCUUGCCUGUUAUGUCUGGUUCGGAGUGGUGGUGUCUGCACUGGGUUUUGCUGUGACAGGGAUUUCCGACUACAUCAAAACCCCCAGCGGUGGCUAUGAAAAGUAUGGAAUUGCUGCAGGUAACCUCCUGAUUGUGAUGGCUCAGAUUAUGUUCGCCACAAAGAUCAUUUAUGAAGAGAAGUUCAUCCGUAAACACUCCAUCCAUCCUAUGAAGUUUCUAGGGUGCGAAGCAUUUUAUGGCAUCGGGAUGGCUGCCAUCUUUUUGGUGGCCUUCAGUUUUGUUGAUGGGUCACAGUACAAUAAUCUGCCCAAUCAAAAACUUGAAGACAUCGGCGAUGCAAUCUUUCAAUUCUGCCAUAACUGGAGAGUCAUUCUGGCAGUUCUUGGUUCCCUUUUCUGUUACAUUAUGUAUACGUACCUGGGAUUGUUCUUGAUCCGAGAUCACGGGGCUUUGCCUAGAAUCAUGAUUGAGACUUUCAUCUGGAGCAUUUACUGGGCGGUGUGUCUUGCUCUUGGUUGGGACCAGUUCUUCAUAGCACAGGUACCUGGCCUCUGCGUGAUCAUCAUCGGGGUACUGCUGUACUCCCACAUCCUUGUUCUACCCUUCACUUCACGACUCGAAGGAAUUGAUAAAACUGUUGAUAAUUUCCGAGAUCAGUUUAUGAACUUCAACAAAGCCGGAAAUCAGCAGAGCUUUCACCAGAAUAUCCUGGGAGGAGACGAUGAGAAUAUGCUACAGACAGAGAGAGACAAUGAUUGUGGACAGAAUAACGCUCAGCUGAGAGAGAGAGACAAUGAGUAUGGACAGCAAAGAGCUGGUAAUCACUAUGAUCCUCAAGAAGUUGUUGUUGAAGUCCAUCAUCGCAAUGGAGAGGAGAGACAGACAGGAGACAACAGAAGUUCCAAUGAUGCGCUGCCUGUUGUUACUUAG